AUGGAUCCUGCUGCUGAAAUGGCAAGAGUUCAAGAUUUUCUCGGGCUAAAAAAAGUUAUCACUGAAAAAUAUUUUUAUUUCAAUGUAACUAAGGGUUUUCCCUGUCUUAUGAAAUCUGAGGGCCAUUCAACACCCCACUGUUUAGGUAAAACUAAAGGACGCAAUCAUCCAUCCAUUGAACCUUUUGCAAUUCAAAGACUUAGAAAUUUUUAUAGACCUUUUAAUGAAAAAUUUUAUAGAAUGACAGGGAUUAAUUUUGGAUGGCUGUAA